CGACGAUCACUUUCCUGAUGAGUGUUCGUUGCCAGAUUUCCUUUACCCGAAUCAUCAUCAUGUGCGCAUCGGUCUCCAAGGUCGCUUUAUGAAUCAACAAUGCCCGCCGAAGAGCACAAGGUACGGCCGCAGGCCGGGCUGUGCCUCUACAGCGCAAGAGCAACAGAUAAUGCAAUGUCGAUCAUCCGCUGAACUCGAAACGGACAACGGAGACACCUGCGGAGACUGUCCGCGAAGUUUGAACUUUAAUUCCGAUGUCAAAUCUCCCGAUCGUGUUCCACGCGUCGGACCGAAUGUAUCGGGACAACAGACAGUUUCCAAUUCGGGACAUCGCUAGGUUUGGCGGUUGCAAUUCGACAACAGGCUACGCGGAGUCAUUGGUUGGUUGCUCUCACGAAUUUAACGGAAUGUCAAGUGGUAUCUCUCAGGUUGCUUCUCUCUUUUCAACCACCACCUUCUCUCUUCCGAUUCCUCCCCGCUGCAUGUGUUCGGGCCUGUUCAUGCAUUGACUUUACUCCGACACCCCAUAAUAUCUACAUCCGCCCUACUAAUAGCUCUCCCUCUUCCCCGGGUCCUUCACGAAUCUCCCUCGACGAUCCCAGUAACACUGCUGUGGUUACCUCUCCCGCAUCACCCCUCACGCGUCGAGAUCUCCCAUUGAAGAUCGACCUGGUGCGGCUGACGUUGCUGCUCACUUUCAUUCACGUGUACCCUCCGACGAACCGCGCGCUCGACGUCCCUCCCCCGACAACUCUACUCGCAUGGCUAAACGAAUGCGUCGCCACUCCCCUGAACGCCCAUCUCGCUCGCGCUCUUCUGAUUCCCAAGGGGAAACGGCUGCGGAUGCGGAUAGUCCCGAAACGACUACUUCGCAGGAGCCGGUUGCCCCCACCAAGAAGAAGCGCACCCGGACACUGACCACUCCCCAUCAAUCUGCCGUUCUUCAUGCUCUGCUCGCGCAGUCUCGCUUCCCAACUACAGCUGUUCGCGAAGAAGUCGGUCGUUCGAUCGGUCUCAGUGCCCGCAAAGUCCAGAUCUGGUUCCAAAAUCAGCGCCAAAAGGCGCGUCGACCGGGCGCUCAGCCCGAAGCCACUCCGCAGGGUUCAAACUCGCAGCAGUUCAGCCCAUUCCCGAAUCCCUCUGCACCAUACGCUAGCUCGUCAUCGCACGUCUUGCCUGCCGACACGCGACCUUCAUCUUCCGGUUUCGGCAGUUAUUCGAGCGAAAUGCCGCCGCAGCUAGCCGGCCCCGGAAUUCCUGGGCGAUCCACUUCAGCUGUCUCCCGCGGCCGGCCUAUUCUUAGAAUCCCGAGCGUGCCACAUCACCGCGACCUGCCUCCAGCGCCUUUUACGAGCCGUUCGCUGCCCUCCCUGGAGCCCGGCAGCCCAGAGGGAUCCUUCUCCAUUCGGCACGACCCGUCCCGCAUUCUUCCCCCUUUGAGCGAGAUGACUCGUGGCCGCCCCAUCCCGCCUUUGUCCAUGUCUAUGUUUGCACGUUCAGCGCCAACGACCCCGUCCAACGCCACAUUCCCGACGUCCCCGUCUCCCUCGCCGACCUUUGCCUAUUAUGGCCAUCGGCCGUACUCCUCAUCUCUCGGGCUGCCGCCGCCAUUUACUCUGCAGCCGGCGCCGCAGUGGGACAGCUCCUCGUCCCACGCGCACUCAUCGCUCUCCCGCGGCUCCGUCUCGGCGCGCGACAGCUCGUCGUCGCCCCCGUCGAGCUUUGCUUUCGAAUCCGAGUCAGAGAUGAUCCGGGAAGACACACCGCGCGAUGAGACGCCCCGGACAGAGACCUCCCGGGCGUAUCACACUGGCCGCUAUGAUCCCGUGCGAGCCAUGUUUGUGCCCUACUCUCCGACGUCUGGCAACAGCCCUGGCCCCAGCUCGGGGGCUCCUCCUGCUUAA